AUGACGGUGAUUCUCAAAAAAGAGGGUACCAAAAAAGCCAACGGGAUCUCAAAUGGAGUGGCCAGCGAAAUUAUUCGUCCAACAUGGAAAUUGACCGACAGUGAGCCCGUUUGGUAUGUCUUGUGGCUCGUUCGAAUUAACAUCUUCGUUAUGGUCUUCGGUGCAUUUGUCGCUUCAUAUUUAGAACGAUUUGGUCUGAUUCGUAGCAAAAGUGCUAAAGGAGAUCGUCGAAUGAGGGAUUUCGCACCACUGGAUAACCAUUUCGACGCUACUUAUACUAACCAUAUCUAUCGUCCAUCAACCGAUGUUGUUAAUCGACCGAUCAGUGGAGUUCCUGGGGCGAUUGUUCGUCUUAAAGAUCGUUACUCUGAUGAUUUUGGGUGGACCCAAAGAUUUACGGGUACAGAAUCAGAAGUCAUUAAUCUAGGAUCUUACAAUUAUUUGGGAUUUUCGCAUCGAACUGGAAUUUGUGCGGAAACUGCAGCAGAAUAUAUUGAUAAGUAUGGAUUGAACUGCGGAGGGACACGAAAUGAAAGAGGAUCACAUCAAGUGCACAGAUCUGCUGAAAAAUGCAUCGCAAAUUAUAUUGGAGUCGAAGAUGCGGUCAUUUUUCCAAUGGGUUUUGCAACGAACGCUAUGAAUAUUCCCGCUUUGGUCGAUAAGAAUUCUUUGAUAUUAUCCGACCGUCUGAAUCAUUCCUCUCUUGUAACCGGUUGCCGUUUAUCAAACGCAACUAUCCGAGUGUUCCGCCAUAAUGACGCCGCUCAUUGUGAAAAAGUUUUGCGAGAUUCGUUGUGCGAAGUUAGUCCAAAAUCGGGUAAAAAGUACAAUAAAGUAUUGAUUAUUAUAGAAGGAAUUUACAGUAUGGAAGGAACAAUUGUUGACUUGCCAUCGUUCAUCGCUAUUAAAAAGAAGUACAACUGUUAUCUAUUUUUGGAUGAGGCUCACAGUAUUGGUGCUAUUGGACCCACUGGCCGCGGUGUUGUGGAAUAUUGGGGGUGUGAUCCGACUGAUGUUGAUAUUAUGAUGGGUACACUCACAAAAUCGUUUGCAUCUGCAGGAGGAUAUAUGGCAGGACAAAAGAAAAUUAUGGAUCAUAUUCGGCUUCAUUCUUCUGGAUUCUGUUAUGGAUCCACUAUGUCACCUCCACUUGUUGCUCAAGUUGAAAAAGCCCUUGCUAUUAUGUGCGGAGAAGACGGAAGUGACAUUGGGAAAAACAAAGCUAAACAAUUAUUGACCAACACUAGAUACUUGCGUGAGCGUUUGAAGAAAAUGGGAUUUCUUGUUUAUGGACAUCAAGAUAGUCCUGUUGUUCCUGUUAUGACCUUUUUCAUUACUAAAGUCGUCGAGUUUUCGCGACGUAUUUUAAAACGAAACAUUGGUUUGGUGGCCGUCGGUUAUCCAGCUACCCCUCUUCUCGAAGCUCGGAUUAGGAUAUGUUUAAGUGCUGAUCACACUCAAGAGCAUUUGGAUUAUAUCCUUGAAGCGAUGGAAACUGUCGGAAAAGAAACCGGAAUUAUGUAUGGGAAAGGAACCUAG